CAAUGACGUCAGUAUGUUUUUGACAGUGACAGAGUAUGUGGCCGUGUUUUUACUUUUAGACGGUUCCUUUCCGAAAAUAAGUCAAUUGCGUGUAGUUUUUCGGCCAAAUCUUGCAAAAUGAACAUCCAAAACGAGUACAUUUCGAAGGCGGAGGACGUCGCCGACCAGGUGCAAAGGAAACUUAAGCAUAUUCUACCAACCCUAGCAAGAUUAUGCUUAAUUUCCACUUUUUUUGAGGAUGGACUUCGAAUGUGGGUGCAAUGGAAUGAACAAAGAGAAUACAUGAAUAUGUCGUGGGGCUGUGGUUACUUUUUAGCUACAGUUUUUGUACUGAUUAAUUUAAUUUUCCAACUUGGCGGCUGUGCCAUGGUUAUUGUGAGGUUCCGAGUGCCAAUUGCUUGUGGAGUUUUGUUCUUUAUUGUCGUUUUACAGACUUUGGCAUAUAGUAUUUUAUGGGACCUUCAAUUCUUAUUUAGAAAUUUGGCCCUUGUAGGUGCCUUAUUGCUGGUUUUGGCUGAAAGUAAAGGAGAAGCGAAAAGUUUAUUUGCAGGUGUUCCAUCUCUUGGUGACAACAACCCAAAAAAUUACCUUCAAUUAACUGGAAGGGUACUGCUAGCUUUUAUGUUUGUCACUUUAAUUAGAUUCGAAUUUAGUUUCCUUCAGAUUGUUUUAGAUCUGUUGGGCUCAGCUCUAAUGAUUUUGGUCACAGUUGGGUAUAAAACUAAGCUUUCAGCACUAAUUUUGGUUUUGCUUUUGACCACUUUGAACUUCUACCACAAUGCAUGGUGGAACAUUCCAGACUACAAGCCACUUAGGGACUUUUUAAAAUAUGAUUUCUUCCAGACAUUGUCUGUUAUUGGAGGCUUAUUAAUGAUAGUGUACUUAGGACCAGGAGGGGUAUCAAUGGAUGAACAUAAGAAAAAAUGGUAGACUAAGUAUUGAACUUUAAAAGAAACUACUUGAAGUAAAGUCCCCUGUGAUGAACUGAGCAUGAACAUUUCAUUGUGUUUAAGGAAAAUGGAUCAAGAUAAUAUUAUUAUAAUAAAAUGUCUUGUUUAAUCAAGGCCAUUGAUUCAAGCAAGACAGUUUUACUAGAUAAAAUUAUUGAUAUUUAUUUUCAAUAAUUGACAAGUUCCAUUGUGGUACUUUUUCUGUUAUAAUUUACUUCUGUUACUUAAAAUAUCUGCUUAGGUUUAGGGGUGAAGUGUUUAGUCUCUAGUUCGGUAUAGACGGACAACUUUAUGAUACUUUUUUUGAGUCUUGUAAACAAAAUGCAAUUAUUGUUUUUCUUACAAGUUUUUUUUGUAUAUAUUUUAUUUAAGUAUAAACCUGUUGACGUGAAAAAAAAUAUACAAAAUAGAAUGUAUUUAUAUAAUAAUAAAAGACCUGUAUUUGAAUAAUGUAAUAAUUUUAGCGACCUAUUUUGUUUUGUUAUCAGAAAUAUUUAUUUGGACCAAUGUGUUUGUUUAAUUAUAAGUGCUCAAAAUAUAUAUCUUCCCUAUUUUUUGAAUGCAAUUGAUGAGAUUUUGUGUGUAUUUUUGGGUUGUUUUAGAAUACUGUAAUAAAAUAACAUAUUUUUUACUAAAA